AUGUCUGAAAUCCCACAACUCCACCUUUGGCCUUCUACGGUACCUCCAAUUCAGUGUUGAACGCCGUACAUCAUUGUAAAUAAACACAAAAAUAGAAGAAAAACGGCGCAACGGAGAACAAACGUAUACAUAAAUACAGCGUUGUCGAGCGAGAGGUGGGGCUUUUCUUUUCAUUAGAAAUCGAAACCCUGAAUGAAUUCAUAUUGCUUGCUGCGUUCUGCUUUCACUGCUGAAAAAUCCGCUGGAUUUAUGAUACUCUUUUGAUUUAGACCUCAACUUCACCAUGGUAACUAUUUGUCAGAAGUGCGGUGAUAGAGGAUUUGAUGCGGCUUUGAUUUAUUGUGAUGAGUGUGAGACUUACGCUGUGCAUUGUUAUUGCUUAGAUGUAUUGCCAGCAACUUUUGAUGAAUAUGUCGUCUGGUUAUGUUAUCACUGUGAAUCAAGGGCUGUAAAAUUAUCCUCUCUUGACAGACCUAACUCUCCUAUAAGCACAGAAAGUGACUCUGACAGUUUAAAAAUUAUCCAACUGAAGAAGAAAAAUCCUUUAAAAAGACUGGAAGGGAAGUCUAAGGAAAUGGUUUUUGAUUGCUCAUUGACUAACUCUGACUUGCUGAGACCUCAAAUUAGCUCUGACUUCCAACUUGUUGAGGUGGACUGCUGUGAGGAUGAUGGAAAAGAUCAGAAACUUGGAAGUCAAAAUGGGUUGCAUGAGGACAGUGUUCCUGAAGUUGCUGAAUAUCUUGAAGGUAAAAAUCCUAUAUCUCCUCUACCUGACCUUCAACUUGUUGAUGUUGAUUGCUCUCAGAAUGAUGAGAAAGAUCAGAAGCUUGGAGGAAAAAACAGUUUGGAGGAGUCUACAUUCCAAGAGACAGAACCUCUUGGAAACAAAAACUCUCAAUUGGUUGUAUGUGAUGGUCAGCCCCUUCAGAUACAUUGCUGUGAGGAUGGGGGGGAAGGUCAGAAGGUUGGGAGACAGAAUGACUUGAAUGAAGGCAACUUUGUUGAAGAAGAUGAAUUGGAUAAAACUAAAAACUGUCACUUUGAUGCUCAUUUUGCUGAGCAGAGUUGUUCUAUUCAUGUGCUACCGAUAAGAGAUCCAAUUUGGAGGGGAAGCAUGAGCAUUUUCCAAAAUAAUUAUGGUGCUCCUGGCGGAAUUGUUGCUCAUUUGUCUAGCAUUGCAUGCUCCAGAGCGAGUGAGGAGGCAAAAGCAUUAUCUGGAUUGCUUUCACCAGAAUUGCUUCCCAGAUCUGGGGUAUGGCCUAAAAGUUUCCGGAAGUUGGGGCCAGCAGCUGAUCAUAUAGGUCUCUAUUUUUUCCCGGACAAUGAAAGGAAUGAAAUUGUUUUUGAUAGCCUAGUAAACGACAUGAUCAGCCAGGACCUUGCCAUGAGAGUUGUUAUUGAAAAUGCAGAGCUCUUAAUUUACACUUCUAGGAUACUGCCCAUGGAUUGCUGGAGAUUCCAGUCAAAGUUUUAUCUGUGGGGAGUGUUCAGGCCAAAGAAGCCUUCGGCUUUGGCACCUGAUGUUGUGCCUGGAGAGCAACAAGGCCUCACAAAGGCCACAACCUGGGAAAGACGGAGUCCUGUUAGUCCUUUAAGCAAUGACAGUUAUGGUUCUGGCUUGGUGUGUCCAUCGCAAGAUUCUUAAUCAGAAUUUAUACAUUGAUUCCUUUACGGUUCCUUUCUUAUUGGCCGAAAGAAAGUAGAUAUUUAGCUUAACUGCAUUAGGACGUAGGAAAAAUGGAUGGGACACAUCUAACAUGAACAUGAACCUUGAUCAAUGGAAAUCUAUAGCACCACCUCAAAUGUUUUUGCUUUAGAA